AUGCCUAGCCAGAUACAAACAUUGAUCGGAAAGAUCAGGAGGAAGCCGACGCAAGCCAGCGAUGGCCGAACAGCGGAAGCAUCGAGUGGCAUGAAGAACCACCAGAAGACUGGCAUCGUCAGCGACAUUAGAGGUCUCGGUGUUAAGGAUGCCAAGUUUGCCCUCGAUGCCAUUACGACACUCGCAUCCGGUGAGCCUCUGGACGACAAAGAACUUCUUCUCGAGAAGGGAGUUCAGAUGCUACAGGGUCUUCCUCUGAACAGCGGUCUCAGUGCAAAGGUGUCGGAUGGUUUCAUCAGCAUGCUCUGGAAUGAUUUACCACACCCAACACCUACGCAUGCCGGCCCAUCGGCACGAUACCGGAAGCACGACGGCUCAGGAAACAAUCCCCACAACCCUGAAAUGGGCAAGGCAGGUUCGCCAUAUGCGCGAAAUGUACCUCCCACCAAACCGAAAGGGCCAAAUUUACCUGACGUUGAAGACGUAUACGAGGCGCUUCUCAAGCGCAGUGGUCCUUUCCGCGAGCACCCGUCUGGUCUGAAUCGCCUCUUCUUCUCCUUCGCAACCAUAGUCAUACACGAAUGUUUCCAAACCUCUAGGACAGAUCCUUGGAUCAAUGAGACUUCGAGCUAUGUUGACCUCAGCACCCUGUACGGCAAUACAGAGAAGGAGCAACAUCGCGUGCGAACUUACAAAGAUGGCCUGAUCUACCCAGACUCAAUCGCCUCGGAGCGCAUCAUGAUGAUGCCCCCUGGUGUAGUCGCAGUACUGUUGAUGUUCUCGAGAAACCACAACCACGUCGCGGAGUCGCUGCUGUCAGUGAAUGAGGACGGCAAAUACAAGCCCUGGGAUACUCUGGACGAGGCAGGCAGGAAAUGGCAAGACGAGGACAUAUUCCAGAUCACGCGCAACAUUAACGUCGGUUUCUUUGCCUCAGUCGUACUGAAAGACUAUGUCGCUGCCAUCCUGAACACACCACGAGCCAACUCGGAAUGGUCUCUUGAUCUUGGUAAAGAGAUCAAGCAAGGCGGCACACGUGUCGAGCGCGGCACCGGCAGCCAUGUAUCCGUGGAGUUUGCUGUUCUUUACCACUGGCACGCUGCUCUCAGUGCCGCGGAUGAGACAUGGAUGGAAGAUAUCAUCCGUUCCGUCUUCCCUGACAUCCGCCACAUUGACGAUGUGACAAUCGAGAUGUUCCACCAAGUCAUGAAGGUAUAUGGUCAUGACUUGAUGAGCAAGAAGCCCUGGGAGUGGACUUUUGGAGGCCUUGAGCGAGGCGCUGACGGCAGGUUCAACGAUGCCCAACUUUCCGAGCUUAUCAAAGACUGCAUCGAGGAGCCUGCCCAUGCUUUUGGUGCCCAUGGUACCCCCGCCAGUCUAAAGGUCGUUGACCUCAUGGGCCAAUUGCAGGCCCGUGAGAUGUUCAAUGUCUGCACGCUCAACGAGUUCCGCCGGUAUCUUAAUCUGAAGCCGUACGAUACGUUUGAAGAUUGGUGUUCCGAUAAAGAGACAGCACGAGCAGCCGAGCUGUUGUACGGCCACAUGGAGAACAUGGAACUCUACCCUGGAUUGAUGGCCGAGUGCACCAAACCUGCCAUGCCGGGAAGCGGUGUCUGCCCUGGUCAAACGACUGGUCGAGGUAUCCUGGACGACGCCGUCGCAUUGGUUCGCGGUGAUCGUUUCCUGAGCUACGACUUCAACAGUAACACCCUUACGCAAUGGGGAGCGGCUUUGCUGGCGGAGACAACACCCGGUGCAUACGGUGGUGUGUUUCCUAAGCUGCUCUUCCAGGGUCUUCCGGGUGGAUUCAAGGGAACUUCCAGCUACGCGCUGCUGCCCUUCUAUACUCCCAAAGCAGCGAAGGAGAUUCUUCAAGGAAAUGGUGUGCUUGAAAAGUACGACCUCAGACGCCCUCCCAGCGAUUACGACAUCAUCAGCGUCCAAACGCAGGAGGGUUGCAAGAAAAUCUUCGAGGAUCGUGAGAGUUUCGUUGUCAUGUACCAGGCAGCUAUUCGCAACUGUACUGCUGGACAUGACUUCAUGAUCGGCUGGGACGAGCAGAAGAAGCAUGAUGAACGCUCCAACAUUCUGCACAAGGUCUUCUUUGAGGAGGGCUUCGAGAAGAACAUCAACGAGUUCUUCACGACCAACGUACGCAAUCUCAUCAAGAAGAACUCCCUCAAAGGCGCCAAGGGCAGGAUGAGCAUCGACAUUGUCCGUGAUGUUACCAACAUUACGCCAAUCCUUUGGCUCGCUGAGCGUUUUGCACUCCCGCUGAAGACACAAGAGCAACCUAGAGGCUUGCUCUCCGUCCACGAAGCUUUCCUAGCCUAUCUCGUACUGUUCAUGUACCAGUCCUUCAACAUAAUGCCCCAUAACGAAUGGAAGCUGCGUGCAGGCGCUAUGGAAGCCGCAGCCCCCCUCCGCUCCAUCUUCGAAACCCAUCUUAAGACGCAAACUGGGCGUCUAGAAGGUUUCGUCGACUGGAUGGCCAAGGGCUCCGCUUUCGAGGUAGGCCCACACGCCGACCGCAUCUACCAUGCAUUAGCGGACACCAAGCUGCCCAUCGGAGACAUGGUCGGUGACUGCAUCGGUAUGGGAGCGCCCGUCGCCGGAAACCUGACACAGCAAGCCAGUCUGCUGAUCGACUUGUUUCUAUCUCCUGGGUACGAAAAGUACAAGACAAGGAUCGUCGAGCUAUCGCACAUGGACCCUACGACCUCGGACCGCGAACUCCAAGGCUUCGUUUACGAAGGCAUGCGCCACGUUGGUGUUGUUCCCGGUCUACCUCGCGUUGCGACGCGCGACAUUACCGUCAACGACGGCGUCCGCGGCCCUGUUUCCGUCAAAAAGGGCCACACGAUCCUCAUUGCAACUUCCAAAGCCGCCAUGGACCCCGUUGCGUUUCCCAACCCUGAGAUCCUAGACCCGCAUCGCCCAUUCAAGGAGUACACACUGCUCGGCCAUGGCCUGCACUUCUGCUUCGGCGCCCGCCUCGUAGGCCCGUCUCUCGCCGCGACGCUGCGCGAAGUUUUCAAACUACCAAACGUGCGGCGCGCACCGGGCAAACAGGGUCGUUUUACCGUCACGGAGCACAAACUCGCCGGCAUAACGAUGCGACAUUAUCUUGAUUCGAGCUCGAAGGAGAGUCCCAUCCCCACGAGUCUACGGCUGCACUACGAUAGCGAGGAUGUUGUUGUUGCGACGGGUCUCAAUGGCCAUCUUACCAAUGGCCAUGCGAACGGGGGGCUGACGAACGGACACACGAAUGGACUUUCCAACGGACAUACAAACUUCGCUUCUAAUGGCCAUGCCAAUGCAGGUGGGGAUAAUGAACAUGGCAAUGCGUAUACAAUUGCGCCUUAG